AUGUCAAAGGAAACAUUUGUGUUCACCUCUUCCACUCUGCGCUCUCUCCAUUUGCAACGGGAAAUGCUGGAACGAGAAGAUCGGCGGCGGGCGGCGUCUCGGCAGUAUGCAAGUCGGAGGUACCAGCUGGCUUCCCGGAGCCCCCUUUUGCUCCCCAAGCCCGCCCGCCGUGCCCAGUAUUGUCGAGAUCCUGCCGUUCACAACGCCCUCUACACAGGAGAUUUGCCAAGGGUCCAAAGUAUCUUUAAGGACGAAACGACGGCCAACAUGAUUGUGGAGACGCUCAGUGAGGAGCUGGUGUGGUCGGCAGAGCUAGGGUUGUGGGUGUUGAGCCCCCAGAAGAAGCAUACCUCCCCACUGAGUAUCACAGCUGCCAGGGGUUACCAAGACUGCGUGAAGCAUCUGCUGCUGCAAGGGGCUCAGGUGGAUGCCGUGGUUGGUGGGCGAGCCGCUCUUCACGAGAGCUGUGCCAACCACCAGGCAGAGUGCACCCGCCUGCUCCUCGGCUAUGGUGCCGAUCCGAACAUUCUUUCAGAGGAAGGCCUGGCUCCCCUGCACUUCUGCUCCACUCAAGAGACUUUGCCGUGUGCUCAGCUGCUCCUGGAGUAUGGGGCCUUGGUGAACCAGAACAUGAGAGAUCAUCGCGCUUCCCCAUUACACGUGGCUUCUAAGUGUGCCCUAGACGACCACGUGAAGCUCUACCUCUGCUACGGGGCUAAUGUUGCUCACCGAAACCGUGAGGGGGAGACCGCCCUGAAUGCAGCCUGUGCUAGCGCUGACAGACCCGAGGAUGCUGGCCGCUACUACCAAGUGGUGAAGCGCUUGUUGGAUGCCGGGGCCGACGUCCGGAUUGCCGGCCGGAAGAAUCAUACGCCACUGCACAAUGCUUGCAGCAACUGCCACGUCCGCAUGGUGGAGCUGCUGCUGCAGCAUGGGGCAGAAGUCAACGUGAGCAAUUGCGCCGGAUACACUCCUGUGGAUUGUGCUCUGCAAGCAGUGGAAGAUUACCUGGAAGGGGAGCCUGAGAAAGUCAUAGUGGCUCUGCUCGACCACGGGGCAGCUCCUAUCAGUCCUAAGAUGCUGAAGUUUUGUGCUUUGUCGCCUCGAGUUAUGGAAAUUGUUUUGAAUUCCUAUGACCGAAUCCUGUCCUGUGAUUCCUGGGUGGGAGCUGUGCCCCCUGAAGUAUGGCGGAAGCACCAACGGUUCUAUGUCUCAGUCCUCCGGCUGGUGAACCAGCCUCGCCUGCUGCAACAUCUGACCCGCUGUGCAGUUCGGAAGCAGUUGGGGGUGCGAUGCCACCUGGGCAUUGCUGAACUGAAGCUGCCCUCUUCCCUGAAAGAUUACCUGCAUCUCCCGCUGGAGGGCUGCCUCAAAUGA